AUGUGGCUGUUCAGUGGCUGGGAUCAGACGGCAUGCAAGCCGUGCGCCGUGGCCAAUGUCACAGCGGACACUGUGAGGGUGGAUGCUGCCCUGCUCCAAAGGCAGGCCGAGGCUGCUGAGGCCACACAGACGGGCGCCGAGGUGUGGGCGACCCGAUUUCCCCCGGAGUUCGCCACGCAGGGGGCGAUGCAAUCGAAGCUGCAGUCGCAGCAUGAAGUGCAGAGGGUGGACUCCAGAGUACCCCCUGGCGUGUCGAUGCACGAGAGCUCGGGGACUGAAGAGGAAGUUCCCGGGUCGGAGGUCGCUAGCCCGCAAGGUUGCAGUUUGGCGCAGAAGCGUUUGAAGGGGAUCAAGGGUGACGCCGGGGCUGCUGUCGGAACUGCGCUUCGCUGGGUGGGGCUCUCGGAAUUGGCGCUGGAGUACCCAUACGAGGACCUGGCCGCCGCCACCGACCACUUCUCCCCGGAGCACCGUCUCGGCGCCGGCGGCGUGGGUGCCGUUUACCGAGGCAAGCUGCGAGGUGCCACAGAGGUGGCCAUCAAGGUGCUGGCUGACAUGGGAGGAGUCGAAGGCUUCGAGGACGAGGUGCGAGUUCUCAGUCGAUUUCGUCACCCACACCUGGUGACACUCAUGGGCUUUGGACAGCGCGAGGGGCAGAAGUACUUGGUCUAUGAGCUCAUGCCCGGAGGGGAUGUGGAGGGCAAGCUCCGACAAAGCCGCGCGUGGCUGGAGCAGCACAUGAAGGGGGCCGCUGUCCCUCAGGCGCCAUUCCCCUGGCAACAGCGGCUGCAAGUGGCGCUCGGUGCGGCCAAGGGCUUGGCGCACAUGGUGGGCAGCACCCCAAAGACCUUCCAUCGAGACAUCAAGCCCGCAAACAUUCUGCUGGAUGCGGAUGGAACUCCCAAAAUGGCGGAUUUUGGCGAGGGCCUCAGGUGCUUGCCAGCUUUCCUGGAAGGUGGCCGCUUUGCUCAAGGCUCGGGCAAAAAAAAGAAAGGCGCCAUGCCCCAGCCGGCGACCACGACAUGUUGGCUGCCGUCCGAGAGCAGCUUGAAGCGUGAAAGCUUCAAUGACCUGGUGCGGCACCGAGUGACCAACGCGCCGAUGCUCCUCAUGAAAGCCAACGUCAUGGGGAGGACGGCGAUGAUGGCAUUUCCAGCGGUGGGCGACCGCAGCCACCUGAGCACCGCGCCGGUCAAAGGCUCGCGGAGGAGAUCCAGCAGCUUGUCGAGCAUUGGGAUGAAGUCACUUCGCUUCUCCAUCAAGAGCCAGGACGGCCUUGGAUCUAUCCGUCAAGGAACCCCAGUCGCUGAACAACGCUCUGGAAGCUCCCGAUUUGGGUUCAUGCCCCCAGACGCUGGGCGCAUUGAGCGCAAGGACUCUCCACUGUCGCCCUGGCUUCUAUCACAGGUGGAGGCGGUGUACCGCACCAUGGACGAGAACGCGGACGGGCGUCUGACCAGAUCGGAGGCCCAGCGGUUCUUCCGGCGCUUCGGGCAGAUCAGCAGCCUGGCCAUGUUCUCGGAGGUGGACGAGGACGGCGACGGGGAGAUCCUGCUCUCCGAGUGGCGGCGGUUCUGGGAGCAGGUCAAGGAGAACGGCUACAGCGAGGCGGACCUGGCGGAGGAGCUGCAGCUGCUCAAGGAGGGCGGCUGGGUGGACUUCCUGGACGACCGGAAUGUCUCAGUGAAUUCCAGGAACGCCAGGGUGCGCUGCGGAAGUCCAAUGGGCAUUGGCAUGUCGAAGGACAUGUUGCCCGCGGGUCCCGCGAGCUCUGUCCGCGCACGGCCGAGUACAACUGCAUCGCCUAAAGGCGACGUGAGAAUCGCCCGUUCUGGUGCUGCACAACGGGCGCUUCUCGUUUCUGGCAUCGCGAUCGGUUGCAGCAAGAGCUUGCGGCCGACACGCAAGCGAGCAGUCGGCAAGGUGCCUCGCUUGGGAGCUGAUGGGCAAGACUUGGCGCAGGUGGUGGCCCUGGCGAAAUCGCACAGCGCGGUCCAAAGCCUGAGUCUGUUGAGGAAGGCGCUGGCAAACACGAGGUGCGAUGCCAACACGCUCAACGCUGUCCUCACGGCAUGCGCGAAGAAAGGGGGGAGCGCAGACGACGUGCUGAACGAGAUGCAGAAGGCCCAAGCGCCGGUGGACACGGUGAGCUUCAAUAUCGCCAUCAAUGCCUGCGCGCAGCGGGGAGACCCGGAGUUGGCCGAACAGUGGUUAGACAGACUGGAUGCUGCGACGUUGCAACCGGACACGGUCAGCUACAACGGUCUCCUGAAAGCCUGCGCCCGAGCAAAUCGUGCGGACCGGUCGGAGAGCUGGAUGCGCGAAAUGGGGCGUCGCUCCCUGCGGCCCAGCGUGCAGAGCUUCGGCAGCCUGUUGGACGCCUGCGCCAAAGCGGGCCAGCUGCAGCGGGCGGAGCGCUGGCUGCGGGAGAUGCAGCGCAGCCGCCUGCAGCCCAACCAGCACUGCUACACCAGCCUGCUGAGCGGGGCGGCGAAACAGGGGGACGUGCACAGAGCUGAAGGCUGGAUGCGAGCGAUGGAGGAGGACGGGCUCGCUGAUGCUGUGAGUUAUGGCUCCAUGCUGAAAGCGUGCGGCUCUUCGGGAUCCGAGAAGGCGGAGUGGUGGUUCCAGCAGAUGCUGCAAAGCGGGGUGCGGGCAAACACGAUCAUGCUUUGCAGUCUGCUGGAUGCUUUCGCCGCGAGAGGCGACGUGCGGAGCGCGGAGCGGUGGCUCAGCCCACCGCCAUCGGAUCUGCAACUGGAUCUGCCAUGCUACGGCGCCAUGCUGAAGGCUUGUGCCAACGCGGGCGAUGUGGAAGCUGCGGAGAGGUGGCUGCAGCGGCUGCUGGGCUCCGGCUUGGAGCCAAACUCCACGGUCUUCAACAGCCUGCUCCAUGCGUGCGCUCGCAGUUCGCAGGCGCAAAAAGCCGGCGAGUGGUUUGAUGCCAUGCUGGCUGCCAACUGCUCGCCCGACGCGGUGACCUUUGGAAGCCUGGUGAAUGCGAAUGCCACGUGCUCGGCCAGUGCAGAGGCCUGGUUCCGGCGGAUGAGGAGCAUGAACAUCCCUGCCACGGUCGAAAUCUUGAACAGCGUCAUCAGUGCAUGUGCUCAAGCAGGAGAUCCAGUACGUGCGGAGCAGUGGCUGAAGCGAGCGCAUUCGCUGCAGGUGGAGCCAGACGCUGUAAGCUUCAACGGAGUGAUCCAUGCUUGUGGGGUCAGUGGCGAGAUGGAGAGAGCGGAAGGUUGGCUGCACGAGAUGACCCCGCGGCGAUUGGACGACAUCGUCACAUACAACAGCCUGAUUAAUGCCUGCGCCGAGCAUUUUGAUCCAGCGCGUGCAGAAUACUGGCUGGAACAGAUGCUCAAGAGAAGACUUGCGCCGAACGAGAAAUCCUACGGCAGCAUUCUGAAGGCCUUUGUGAGGAUGGGCGAUGACGACAAGGCGGAAAGUUGGCUGGAACGUAUGCGCCAGGCUGGCAGCUCUCUUGCCGCCGAGCUUGGUGGAUCCCUUCAGGAUGGUCACACCAGGACUGGCAGCCCACUGAGAAAGGUCAUGGCCGGCCUUCAGGAGUGCAUUCUGGGCAGGUAUGGUUUCAGGGCUCAUCGCCACAGUCAGAACGUGGCCGGGGCUCAGCAUGGUCCCUCCCUGCCGCACAGCGCCACUUCUUGGGAGCAUGCUUUGUGGUGAGCGACGAGAAGUUCGCACUGGUUUUUGAGGUUCCAAGCCCCAGGAAAUUGUCAAAUGCG